AAAACUUUAGCAUUUUAAUAACAAAAAGUUGAAUGAGGUGACAUGAGGAUCGGAACUUGGCAGUGGAGCAUUUCUUUGUCUUGGUGGACACAGUAACACUGUCCUUUCAUUGGUUCAAGUUUCAAAGCUGACCUUUACCCUUUCAACACUGUGUUCUCUUCUGUUUCCUUCCUAUAUGCAGGCUGUCGCUUAGGCAAAACUUCCUUCCUCCAUCGGCAUCGCCAUCGCCAUCGCCAUGUCUCUCUUCCACCCUCAUAGCUGCUCCAAUUCUUUCAUUUCAGUUUCCACGGACUGUGGAGCAAACCCAACAGCAGACACCAACAGUAGUAAUGAUUUGUGCUUUAAGGAUUCUAAACAAAGGAUUAAGAAGAUGUUUAAUCAGAUUGAACUUUCUGUUUCUUCUUAUGAUACUGCUUGGGUUGCAAUGGUUCCAUCUCCCACUUCCCACCGCAAUCCAUGUUUCCCUGCCUGCUUAAACUGGCUGUUGGAUAAUCAACUCCCUAAUGGUUCUUGGGGUCCUUGCCGUCCCCAUCCCUUGCUAAUUAAAGACACUCUUUCCUCCACGUUGGCAUGUGUCCUUGCGCUGAGACGAUGGGGUGUUGGUGAAGAACACAUGACAAAGGGGCUUCGGUUUAUUGAGUCACAUUUUGGUUCGGCUUCUGAUGAAAGCCAACUUACACCUAUUGGAUUUGAUAUCAUAUUUUCUGGUAUGGUUGAAUAUGCUAAGGAUUUGAAUUUGAACCUCCCUUUGAGAUCAACAGAUAUAGAUGCUUUAUUUCAUAAAAGAGAUUUACAGCUCAGAAGAGAAAACUCUAAAGGGAGGGAAGCCUAUUUAGCAUAUGUUUCGGAAGGAAUUGGCAAACACCAAGACUGGGAAAUGGUCAUGAAGUAUCAGCGGCAGAAUGGAUCAUUGUUCAAUUCACCAUCUGCAACAGCAGCCACUCUUUCUCACCUUCCAAAUUCCGGUUGUCUUCGUUAUCUCACUGCACUCUUAGACAAGUUUGAGAAUGCAGUGCCCACACUUCAUCCUUUCCAUGUUUUUCCCCGACUUUGGAUGGUGGAGACUGUUGAAAGUUUGGGAAUUGGUCAGCAUUUCAGGGAGGAAAUUACAAGUGUAUUAGAUGAAACAUAUCGAUGCUGGCUACAAGGGGAGGAGGAGAUAUUCUUGGAUCUGCCCACAUGUGCAUUGGCUUUCCGAAUACUACGUGUAAAUGGUUAUGAUGUUUCCUCAGAAGCCUUAGCAGGAUUUGCUGAAGAACACUUCUUCAAUUCACUUGGAGGAUAUUUGAAGGAUUUGGAUGCUGUCAUUGAGCUAUUUAGGGCUUCACAGAUGAUCAUACAUCCAAAUGAACAACUCCUGGAGAAACACAUCUCAUGGACAAGUCAUUUCUUGAAACAGGAAUUAUCCAACACUUCUAAAUGUGCAUAUAAACAUAAACAAAAUAUUAUGCAGAAGGUGAAUGAUGCCCUUGAGUUUCCCCAUUAUGCAAGUUUGGAGCGCUUAGUAUACAGGAGAAACAUAGUGAACUAUGAUGUAGAUGAUACACGGAUGCUUAAAUCUUCAUAUAGUUCUUUGAGUAUUGGCAACAAAGAUUUCCUAAGACUAGCAGUGGAGGACUUCAAUGCCUGUCAAUCUGUAUAUCGUGAAGAACUCAAACAACUCGAGAGGUGGGUUCGAGAAAAGCGAUUGGACAACCUGAAGUUUGCCAGGCAGAAACUGGCAUACUGUUACUUUUCUGCAGCUGCAACACUAUGCUCUCCUCAAUUAUCUGAUGCUCGCUUAACAUGGGCUAAAAAUGGCGUGCUUACUACUGUGGUUGAUGACUUUUUCGAUGUUGGAGGUUCUGAAGAUGAACUGUUAAACCUAAUUCAAUUGGUUGAAAAGCAUGAUUUAGAUGUCAGCAUUGCUUGUUGUUCUGAGGAAGUUGAAAUCAUAUAUUCAGCACUUGACAACACAAUUUCUGAGAUUGGGGAGAAAGCAAUUGCAUGGCAAGGACGUAACAUAAAGACUCAUGUUUCUGAGAUUUGGCUGGAUUUGCUUAGGUCCAUGUUGCAGGAAGCUCAGUGGUCGAAGGAGAAGGCAGUCCCAACUGUGAAUGAAUACAUGAGAAAUGGUUACAUUUCGUUUGCCUUGGGACCAAUCAUCCUCCCGGCUCUCUAUUUUGUUGGCCCUAGGCUUUCAGAGGCGGUUGUUAAAAGCGGGGAAUAUAGUCUUCUAUUUAGGCAUGUAAGCACUUGCGGGCGUCUUCUCAAUGAUAUUCAUAGCUUUAAGAGGGAAUCUAUGGAGGGAAAACUGAAUGCCGUAUCUUUGCACAUAAUUCAUGGUACCAAUUCAGUAACCGAAGAUCAUGUAAAUCAAGAACUGAAGCAUUUAAUCGAGGAAAGGAGGAGAGAACUGCAUAGAUUAGUGCUGCAGAAAAAUGAUAGCAUUGUCCCAAGACAAUGCAAGGAAUUAUUCUGGAAAAUGAGCAAAGUAUUACAUCUCUUUUACAUGAAAGAUGAUGGUUUUACCUCACAUGAAAUGGCGAACGCUGUAAAGGCAGUAAUACAUGAGCCUAUACUUGUUGAUCAACUCUAAUUAUUGCAAGGUUAGGGAAGUUAUGGUAGUAUUCAAUCUUAUCAUAUCUUAAGCCUAUCAACAA